CAGUACUUUUAGUUUUGACAGGACGGCUGAGCAACCCAGACCUAGAGGCCCGGUGGAGAAAAGAGAGAGGGCGCAACAAGGUUCAGAGAUCAAUCAAUAAGAUAUGAACGCUUACAAUUCUACUCUUCUCACUCUUACACAAAGUUUGAAUAUAGUUAGCUAGCGAAGAAGUGAUCAUCAACUAGAGUAUUCUAGGAACUCCAGAUAAAAAGAACAGUAGAAUGGAGCCUCGAGCACUUCCUUCGGGAGAUGGUAUGUCAGGGUUCCAUGGUAGACCCGGAGAAGAGAUGGAUCACAUUAUGGAUGGUCGAGGAGGUGGAGGAGGAAAGUUUUCAUCCUGGAUCGGUAAACUGGCGGGAAAUGGAGAGAGAAGAGGAUCAUUGGGAUUCUCAGAUAGCGGAAUAAACCUGACCACUCCACUAGCCAGAAUUGAUGAUGAUAAUGACAGUAAUGAUGCUCAACCACCUCCCGGCUUUAAAGAUGGGAUUUUUAUGGACAGAAGAAAAUCCUACGGAUCAGAGAUGUUGAAUACCCCAGGGGGAGAUGGAGACACAUUUAUCAUGGCGUACAGGUAUAUAUACCACUUAGAGAUAAGGAAACCAGGAUGGUUCAGAUAGUGCUGAUAAUUGUUU